UUUCCGUGCGAAAGUGUCCGCAGUUAUGAACGCGUGCACUGCAUCCUCGAUAAUUCUGUCAUUGCUGGCUUUACUGCCGUCACCGUGCGUAUCAAAAAAUAAUGGCCCUUCCGCGGCAAAAGUGAAUACGGCAUCUGUGUAUGUGGCCCCUGCCUAUGCCACCUCGGUGGGCUAUGCUACGGAGGAGAGAUUCGAUGAUUUUGUCGGACCACCGGGUCAUAAUAAACAAAGAGGUGGGUCGCCAGGAAGGGGGCCGCCAGGUGGUCACGGUCCUCCCGGAUUAUCAAACAGAGGUCCUCCAGGACACAACGAUAACCUUCCUCCGGGCUGGAGGAACAAAGGAGACAAAGAAAGGCCGUCCGAAGAAGAAAGGUAUCCAGAUACAAGUAAUGAAGGAUCCACUUCUCCCGACAAGAAUAAAAAUGAUGGCCCUUACGGUCCGGAUAAUCGCCAGCAAGAUCAAUGCAGGAAAGACGAGUUCCGCUGUGAAAAUAACGAGUGCCUACCGUCUAGUGUUCGUUGCGAUAACAAAGUUGAUUGUAGCGAUUCCAGCGAUGAGGCAUCUUGUGUUAUGAAUAGAAAUGAAGAGGAAGGCUGCGUCUUACCUCCACAGCCAGAAGGCGGACGUUAUGAAUUGGGGUGUGAUGGGUACUGUAAUAAGUAUCCCGGCGACACUGUCCCGGAACGCAGUAUUCUCACUUAUAACUGUGAAAACAAUUACACGCUGCAAGGAAGCAAAAUAGCCUUUUGUGUCAAUAAGAAGUGGCACAACAUGCCCUCGUGUAUCAAAACCUGCUCAGCGCUGAAGAGCAUCAGCGUAGACAUCUCCUGCAGCUAUCGAGGAGAAACGGUGUCCUGUAGCGAGCGUAUGGUGUCUGGUACACGAGCCAGGCUGUCCUGCAAACCAUCUUAUGAAUCUGCACUUCCGAUUUACAGGGAGAUCAAGUGUCAAGACGAUGGUCGUUGGGAUCGUAACCUUUUUUAUUGUGUACCGAAAUGCGGCGAAUCUAUCUCGCACGGCAACACAUUGGUUAUAAAUGGACGCGUGGCUAAAAUGGGAAUGUUUCCCUGGCACGUCGGUAUCUACAAAAAGAAAAGCGACAUGACGUACGAGCAGCAAUGCGGCGGUUCUCUCAUCACCAGCAACCUCGUCGUAUCAGCGGCUCAUUGCUUCUACGAUGAAGCCUCCGACAAACUUAUCGACGCGUCGAAUUACGCUGUGGCCGGCGGCAAGUAUUAUCGCGCUUGGGAUAAAGACGAGCAGUAUAACCAAAAGUCGAUGGUAGAAAGUAUCCGACCGGGCAGCAGAUAUCAGGGAGCGAGGGGUAAUUUCGCCGAAGAUAUAGCUCUGGUGAAGCUGAAGACGUCUUUCAAGCUGAACGCACAGGUGCAACCCGUCUGCAUAGAUUGGACAAACAAUUUCGAGUGGAAGCAGCUGCAAUUGGGACAAUCCGGCAAGGUGGUCGGCUGGGGUAAAAACAUCGAAGGCAAAUCCACCGAGAUCCUGUACGAAAUUGACAUGCCGUUCGUGCCAUAUCAACAGUGCUUGUCCACGGUACCUUCGAAUUUCCGCGGAUAUCUCACGCCCGACAAGUUCUGUGCCGGCCACUUGAACGGUUCGAGCCUCUGCGAAGGAGACAGCGGUGGCGGUCUGAGUUUUGAGAAGGAGGGGAUAUGGUAUCUUCGUGGUAUCGUCAGCGUGAGCCCGGUGAAGAACGACUUUUGCGAUUACCACUCGUAUGUUGCAUUCACCUACAUCAGUCGCUUUCUCGAUUUUAUUAACGAAGCUUUUACCAAAGAGCUUACGUAAACAUUUCGAGGGACGUGGGUUGCCCGAUGCACGAAAUUCUUUGCCCGCAUCAUCGAGUUCGCAAUAACGCGAGAGACGAAUGGACGUGACGUAUGAACGAGGUAAUAUAACAGCGACAGAACUCGAAAAAUUGAUGAUUGUACAUAUGUCUUUCCUCAAAUAUUCCGGUCGAUCGGGGCAGAGGCACGUAAACGGGAAUGAAAAUUCGAAGGAUUCUGCGAUUGAAUUCGCCUUUAUAUUAUUGAUUGAAUAAACAGCCACGUUGAAUUAUCUUGUUUCUUAA